CUGUUUUAUGUUUUUGAAUUUUGAAAAAAUAAAAUGGAACCCAUCACUUGUUUGGCUGCCAAACAAGUGCACCUGUUUUCUGUUUUCUGUUUUCAAUUUUACUCCUUAUAAAUCACCCAAAUCAAAGCAAAGGAAACCCUACUUGGUGUCGAAGCUCACUCAGUCGCCAAAAAGUAGGGUGAUUGGUGGAUCUGCAGUGAUUUCUGAACUUCAAGCCGUACAAGGUGAUCAUGGGUAUUGAGUUUCUGGGUUUUCUGUCUUAAAUCUGACAUUAUAUUUAUAGGUUUCAUUUCCUCAUAUACAUAGAAACAGGGUAAACAGACAUGAAUCCCCGUCUGGGUUUAACAUUGUUUUGCUUGUAGAUAAAUUAUUUUGUGGUUAUAUUUGAGAUUUUGGGGUGCAUGAGUUUCUGGGAUAUGUUUAACUUAACUCUCAAUGUUAAUUUUAUAUGCUCAUAAUUUUGAUGUAAUUUCCACUGAUAUAUUUAAUUAUGUAACUUAUUUCCUGUUUAGCAAAAAAAAAUGUAACUUAUCUCCAUGAGACAGAAAGUGUAAGAGAUACUCAUGAAGAGUUUAUACAAGAUAGAGAAAGUUUGAAUCGUUCUUAAUUUUUGAGCAUUAACACAAAGUGUUCUUUAAGGGCUACAGGAUGGGUUGAAAAUAUUUGAAGAAUUUCAUAGUUAAUUUGUUUGUUCUGUUGUGAAACCUGAAAUUAUGAUGAUCUUAGAUCACAUUGUGAAACCUGAAAUGUAUGUCAAUGCAUGCACCAAACUGAAAUGAGAGAUUCACAAAUAUUUAGUUGUGGGUUUCAAGAGAACAAACACAAUUGAAACAGCCACAUUAAAUUUUGUAUUAUGGUGGAUGGGAUAAAGCUUGACUUGCAAUUGAAGUUGUAGAUUGGGUAGUGUGAUUGAAUCUCAUGUUCAAUGGAAAUUUUUACAAUUUAGUAAUGCUAAUUGAUGCUUGGAUGAAGGAAGAAAUAGAUUUAUAAUGGCAAGUAAAGGACGAUGUUGUAUCAGCUAUAACUUAUAAUUAACUUUUUCCGGUGCAUAUGGGUUGGAUAACUUGUAGUAUGGUCAAUGAAGUGUGUGUAUGCUUGGAAUAAAUGCUGAAUAUAAUUGGUUCAUGCUUAUGUAUGGUUUCAGGUCAUAUGCAUGCAACAAUGUGAUAACCAUCUUAUUAUUUUGCCAUUCUAUAUAUCUUGGGUUCUAUAUUGCAUAUUGUUCAGUUGAGGCUAAUGUGAAUGAUCUUCGAUAGAUGGCACAUGAAUUGAAUGAGGCGGAAGACCUCAAACUAUGACCUACUGCGAUUGAAAAGUUGUUUAUAGAUAUUAUGGUCGAAGAACAAGCGAAAGGGAACAUGAAAACUGGUGUUUUUAAGAAGAGAACUUGGACAAAAAUUCGAAAUGAACUCAAUGCACGAGCUAAUCGGUGCUUUGUCAUGCAACAACUUGAGACAAAAUUUGAUAGGCUCAGAACAAAACACGAGGCCAUUUAUCAAGAUUUACUAAAUACUGGAAUGGGUUGGGAUUUUAAGACAAACACGGUUAUUGCCAGUGAUGAAGUUUGGGCAGAUGUACUUGCGGAAAAUCCCAAGGCCAAGGACUUUUGGAAAAACAGAUGUGAACACUAUCAUUUGCUAAGAAUACUGUUCAACAAAAUUACUGCCACCGGUUUCUUCCAAAUUUCCUCAAACCAAGCAGCUCCAAAUAGUGAUGAAGAGCGUGAGCUAGAUAAGAAGUUUCGCAAUGCUGGAUUACAUGCUGACCUGGAUGAUGAUAGUGAUGAUGACACAAACAAUGUCCCAAGGGGUCAUGAGCACACCACACGUGGUAAGAAACGUCCAAUGCAACAAGAAUGGUCUAAGGGGAAGAAGACUGCUAAGAAAAUGGAUGAACUUACACAGGGACUCCGGGACUAUACUGAACUAUGUAGGGCAAGGUUACAAGCUAGGCAGGCUAAGGCUAGCACUAAGAAAUCUAGUAAAUCUGUCACCACUGAUGAUAAGUUUUCUCUUGAGAAAGCUUUUGGGAUGCUCAAUGAGUACACAGACCUGGAUGAUGAUACCUAUUUUAAGGUACAAGAGGAACUCUGUAAUUUGAAUAGUAGAAUUGUCUUCAUUACAAUGCCAGAUAGAAGGAAGAAAACAUGGAUGGAGUUUAUUGCAAAAAGAAUCUGAUUGACCAACGGUUGUCCUUUCAUUUUUGUGUCAUAGCUAACUAUUAUGAUUUGGCUACAAUAUCUGGCGAAAGUGAGGAAGUAUUUGAUAGUUGAAACCUUUUGAGAUAUUUGUAUGCUUCACUUUGUUAUGUAUAGAGUCACUAUGACAAAAGGUUAAUGCGUACUAGUAUUUUGUCUAGGAGUGAUUAUAUGAAUGAAGUACUCUUUGGAAGUCUAGCGUGGUGUUAUGACAUGUUUCGAAUGGACAUAUGUGUAUUUCGUCACUUAUGU